AAAUCAAGGAGUGAACUACUCAGUCGUCAUCUCUGUCCAACUCUCAAGCAGUCAAGCGGUGCCCUAGACAUAAAUUCGACAAUCGUGGUUUCGUCACUCCAUUGUUACUGCAGUUCAGCUCUGGGUGCUCUCCAAGACAGCAAGACUCCAACUCUCUAGUCUCUCGCUCCUACAGUCACACUCACGCUGCGUGAAGCCGUGAACCUCGUCUCUCGAUUUCUUUGAAUCUUCGGAAGCAACACUCAGAUGUAGAGAUUAAUUCGUUUGGGAAUCGGUCCACCGUCUCAGACUGAGAGUCCUCUGCUCGCUUCACAGUUCACACGCAUUCAAUUUUCCUAAGCCCUAAACCCUAGCCAAAUUACCGGCCGCCACCCAUAUCACUUGCUUGCUGUCUCUCUGUAAUCUCAUUCCCAUGGCUUCCAUGCUUAAAGCCGCUCCGUGGAGUUUAUCAUUCUUUUGUGGAGGCAAAGAAGGUAGACAUAGCAAUAAGACUUGGAAUACCAUUGUUGUUCAAAAGCAAAAGUGUGUGUCUGUAUUAUCAAUGUCAACUACCGUCUCAGUCGAACAGUUCGACCCCAUUGGCAUGCCAAUCAUGGUAAAUGGUUGUACUGGCAAAAUGGGGAAGGCUGUUAUUAAAGCAGCAGAUGCAGCUGGGCUUGAUGUUCUCCCUGUAUCAUUUGCCUCUGAAGAGGAGUCUGGGCAAACUGUGGGAGUGUGUGGGAAAGAUAUUCAGGUGCAUGGUCCUUCUGAGAGAGAAAAAGUCCUUUCCUCUGCCUUUCAUGAACACCCAAACCUAAUUGUGGUAGACUAUACUGUGCCUGGUGCAGUGAAUGAAAAUGCAGAGCUCUAUUGCAAAGUUGGAGUCCCCUUUGUUAUGGGAACAACUGGUGGCGACAGGGACCGGUUGUAUAAGACCGUGAAUGAUUCAAAGGUUUAUGCUGUCAUAUCCCCACAGAUGGGAAAACAGGUUGUUGCAUUUCUUGCAGCCAUGGAAAUCAUGGCUCAUCAAUUUCCCGGAGCCUUCUCUGGGUAUUCCUUAGAGGUGAUGGAGUCUCAUCAAGCAGGUAAAUUGGACACAUCUGGAACUGCCAAGGCUGUAAUAUCUUGCUUUCAGAAGCUGGGCGUAUCUUUUGAUGUGGAUCAGGUACAAAUGAUCCGGGAUCCCAGGCAACAAAUCGAGAUGGUGGGAGUUCCAGAGGAGCAUUUGACUGGUCAUGCUUUCCAUUUGUAUCAUCUCACAUCACCUGACCAAACCGUUUCUUUUGAGUUCCAACAUAAUGUUUGUGGUAGAUCAAUAUAUGCUGAGGGUACUGUUGAUGCUGCAAUUUUUCUAGCCAAGAAGGUCCAGUCAAAGACAGACAAACGUAUAUAUAACAUGAUUGACGUCUUGCGAGAGGGGAAUAUGCGAUAGAAAUCACUUGCUGCUGUUGUAUCGGAAUAUGGUUUAACAUUUUAAAUCGAGAUGAUUAAGAUUAUUCUUGACAUUUAGGAAGACAAUUUUGGAAUGCUAUCUUUGCCACAUUUGGUGUAGUAGUCAUACAUUGCAUAUGCAUUUGUGUGCAUUAGCUUUUUUUUUUCCUUAUU